AUGUUCUCUUGGAUCUUUAUCCCCUUGUUUCUGCAGUUUCCCAACAUUGUCUUCACCUUUAACUUGAAUAUCUGCUAUCACAUAAUUGCCGAAGAUUUUCACCAUGAUGGAGAUGUGAGGAUUGGUGCAUUUUUUCCCAUUCAUACAUACUACACCAUUAAUAAAAUUAAAAAUUCAUAUAUACCGUAUUAUUAUGAGGAUUAUUAUCUACAAUAUAAUUUUAAGAACUACCAGUUUGUUCUGGCUUUGGUAUAUGCCAUUGAAGAGAUCAAUGGUAAUCCCAAUAUUUUGCCAAACAUAACUCUUGGAUUUGAUUUCUAUAAUGUGCGAUUCACAGAGAAAGAUACUCUUAUGAUUGCCUGUAGUUGGCUCACAGCUCACAAGCGGGGAAAAGUUUUACCUAAUUACAGGUGCAAUGAGAGAAAAAUUUCUGCUGCACUUACAGGAACAUCAUGGACAACAUCUGCUUACAUUGGUACACUGCUGCAACUCUUUAAAUUCCCACAGCUUUCUUUUGGAUCUUAUGAUCCUGUCUUGAGUGACCGAAGUAAGUAUUCUUCUCUCUACCAGAUGAGCACCAAGGACACAGCUCUUUCACAUGGCAUUGUAUCUUUGAUGCUUCAUUUUAGGUGGUCCUGGGUUGGUCUUCUCCUCCCAGAUGAUCACAAAGGGAAUAAACUUUUAUCAGAUUUCAGAGAUGAGAUGGAAAAAGAAAGAAUUUGCAUAGCUUUUGUGAAAAUGAUCCCAGCCACUAGGACUUUAUAUUUUAACAAACAAUGGAAAAAUAUGGAUGAGAUUCAGGAAUCAUCAACAAAUGUGAUCAUUAUUUAUGGUGACAUUGAUUCUCUACAAGGACUAAUGCGAAAUAUUGGGCAAAGGUUACUGACCUGGAAAGUCUGGAUCAUGAAUUUUGAACAGGAUGUUACUGACCAUGCUGAUUAUUUCAUGUUAGACUCAUUCCAUGGGAGUCUUAUUUUUACACAACAUUAUGGAGAAAGUUUUGAGUUUACCAAGUUUAUUGAAACAGUUAAUCCUUACAAAUACCCAGAAGACAUCUAUCUUCCUAAGUUGUGGCAUUUGUUCUUCAAUUGUUCAUUUUCUAAAAUUGAUUGUCAGCUUUUGGACAACUGUCAACUUAAUGCUUCUUUGAAUAUAUUACCGAGGCACAUACUUGGUGUUUCCAUGAGUACAGAGAGCUAUAAUAUAUAUAAUGCUGUGUAUGCUGUGGCUCACAGUCUCCAUGAGAUUACUCUUAAGAAAAUACAAAUACAACCACAUGAAAAUGGAGAAGGGAUGGUGUUCUUUCCCUGGCAGCUUAACUCUUUCCUGAGGAAAUUUCUUGUGAGGGAAAACAUGGGUUUAGAUUGGAAACUGAAAAUAAAUGAAGAGUAUGACAUUCUUAACCUUUGGAAUUUUCCAAAGGGUCUUGGACUAAAGAUGAAAAUAGGAACCUAUUCUGCAAAUGCUCACAAUGGCCAAGAGUUGACUUUAUCUGAGCAGAUGAUACAAUGGCCAGAAACAUUUUCAGAGAUCCCAAAAUCUGUGUGCAGUGAGAGUUGUGGGCCUGGAUACAGGAAAGUCACCUUAGAGGGUCAGGCUGUCUGCUGUUAUAAUUGCACACCUUGUGCAGAAAAUGAGAUUUCCAAUGAGACAGAUGUGGAUCAAUGUAUGAAGUGUCCAGAAAGCUAUUAUGCAAAUAAAAAGAAGAAUCACUGCCUUCAGAAAGAUCACAGCUUUCUGGCUUAUGAAGACCCCUUGGGAAUUGCCCUCACCAGCAUAGCCCUGUGCUUCUCUGCACUCACAGGCAUUGUCAUUGGAGUCUUUGUAAAACACAGAGACACUCCCAUUGUCAAGGCCAAUAAUCGAGCUCUCAGUUACACUUUGCUCACCACACUUACCUUCUGUUUCCUCUGCUCUUUGAACUUCAUUGGCCAGCCCAACACAGCCACCUGUGUUUUGCAGCAGUUCACAUUUGGAGUUUCAUUCACUGUGGCUCUUGCCACUGUGUUAGCCAAAGCUAUUACUGUGGUCAUUGCCUUUAAGGCCACUUUUCCAGGGAGAAUGGUAAGGUGGCUAAUGGUAUCAAGGGCCCCAAAUUACAUCAUUCCUAUCUGUACCCUAAUCCAACUUGUUCUUUGUGGAAUGUGGAUGGCAACAUCUCCUCCAUUCUUGGACCAAGAUGUUCAUACAGAACAUGAGCAUAUCAUCCUUUUGUGCAACAAGGGCUCAGCUGUGGCUUUCCACUCACUCCUCGGAUACCUCUGCUUCUUGGCACUUGGGAGUUACACCAUGGCCUUCUUGUCUAGAAAUCUGCCUGAUACAUUCAAUGAAUCAAAAUUUCUGUCAUUCAGCAUGCUUGUGUUCUUCUGUGUCUGGAUCACCUUCCUCCCUGUAUACCACAGCACUAAAGGAAAACUCAUGGUGGCUAUGGAAGUCUUCUCUAUUUUGGCUUCCAGUGCAGCACUCCUUGGCUUUAUAUUUGCCCCUAAGUGUUAUAUUAUCUUGUUGAGACCAGACAAAAAUUCAUUUCAUCAUAUUAGGAAGAUUACACAUUCUAAAAGAAUUAAACUUCACAAAACAGUUCAAAAAUAA